UCAAUACCAGCUUCCCUGCAUUGUUCUGGAAGGUUGAAAGAAAAAGUGGUGUCCCGAAUUCCAGGCAACAGCCAACGCCCGCUUAAACAACUGCACUUCAUCAGAAUUCUCCCCCCCAUCUCAUCCCGGACGAAGAUACAACAAGCCUUCGGUGAAAGUGCGCUCAAUUCCACACUAACACCAUGCUCCACCUCCUCACCCUCUCCUUCUCCCUAGCCGCCCUCGCCACAGCUCAAGAAACCACCACCACCACCACCCCCAUCAACCCACAAACCCUCUCCCCAAUGCUCCCCUCAGUCACAGUAAACAGCAGUGCCCUCACCAGCACCACCGCCACCAUCUCCGGCUCCACAACAACCCUCGCCUGCGUCCCAGAAUCCGACCUGGUAUUCUCAAUCCAAACAGACACGAACCUGAGCAACGAACCUGCUUCGACUCCGGUUUGUGGCCAAAGCACUACUAGCUAUGCUCUUCCGGGACCUAUCACGAAUAGUUCGGGGAAUCUUACGAUAACGAUGACGUCGUCUGCUACGGUUUCGAUGGCAACGACUGGUUCUUCUGGUGCCUCUUCCUCGGCUCCGGUUGAGACACAGUCUGGGAAUCCUGCUGCCAAGAAUGCGCUUGGGGGGAUGGCUGGUGUGGUGGGGUUGGCUGCUGGUAUGGUGUUUUUGUGAAUGGGGAUCGUGGCGAUGAGGUGUUUUGGGUGUUGAACAAUGUGUUAGUAUGGAGAUGAAGGGGACGUGGGAGCAGGGCUUACAAAACAGUAUUACAGAACAAGAACAAGCCAAUCUAUGAAGGGAAUGAAGAGUAAUGCAUAAUGAGAAGAAUGAAAGAUCAAGUUUUCUUCCUUC